UCCACAUCCAACUAUCACUAUCAUGAUCCAGGGCUUGCACGUACACUCUAAAAUCGCUCCCAAGGCGCAGGCGGUCAUCCUCACGGACGACGCCCUGAUGUUCCUCGCCGCCCUGCACCGGACAUUCGAGUCCACGCGCAGGAAGCUCCUCGACGCGCGCGACGACGCACAGCGCCGCUUCGACUCGGGCGUACCGCUCGACUUCCAUCCCGAGACCGCGAACAUCCGCGCGGAGCCGUCGUGGCAGUGCGCGCCGCCAGCGCCGGGGCUCGAGGACCGGCGCGUCGAGAUUACGGGGCCGACCGACCGGAAGAUGGUCAUUAACGCGCUGAACAGCGGGGCUAAGACGUUCAUGGCGGAUUUCGAAGAUUCGAGCGCGCCGACGUUUUCGAAUCUGGUAGAAGGGCAGGUUAACCUCCACGACGCCAUUCGUCGAGAGAUUGACUUUGAGUCGAACGGGAAGGCUUACAAGCUCAGCGAGAAGCCCGCGGUCCUUAUCGUACGUCCACGAGGAUGGCAUCUCGACGAGCCCCGGUUGACUGUGGACAACGUUCCCAUGUCCGGCUCCUUGUUUGACUUUGGUCUGUACUUCUUCCACAAUGCGGCGGAGCUCGUCAAGCGUGGUCUGGGCCCCUACUUCUAUCUGCCCAAGAUGGAGCAUUACCUCGAGGCCCGGCUAUGGAACGAUGUCUUCCUCUUCUCGCAGUCCUAUCUCGCGAUCCCGCACAACACCAUCCGCGCCACGGUGCUGAUCGAGACGUUACCCGCUGCGUUCCAGAUGGAGGAAAUCCUGUUCGAGCUGCGGAAUCACUCGUCGGGCCUGAACUGUGGGCGAUGGGACUACAUUUUCAGCUUCAUCAAGAAGCGGCGUGCCGAUCGCAGUGCGGUGCUCCCGGAUCGCAAGGAUGUGACGAUGACGGUCGGGUUCAUGGACGCGUAUGUGCGGCUUCUCAUCCAGACCUGUCACAAGCGCAAAGUCGCUGCCAUGGGUGGCAUGUCAGCGCAAAUCCCGAUCAAGAACGACGCCAAGGCGAACGAAGUGGCGAUGGACAAAGUCCGUGCGGAUAAACUGCGGGAGGUGCUCGCAGGUCACGACGGGACCUGGAUUGCCCACCCGCUCAUCGAGUCGAUUGCGCGCCCGGUGUUCGAUCAACACAUGCUUGGUCCCAACCAGGUGUGUCUUCCUGUUGCCGUCUUCCCGUAUGGUCUCCUGAUGGCUUGCCAGUACCAUGUGCGCAGGGAGGAAGUGCGCGUUGCCGCUGCUGAUCUGCUGAACACCUCCGUCCCCGGACAGAUCACUGAGGCAGGAGUGAAGGAGAACGUGUCGACGUCGUUGGCCUACACGGCGGCCUGGAUCGGGGGCAACGGCUGCAUCCCGCUCAACUACCUCAUGGAGGACGCGGCCACGGCUGAGAUCACGCGGGUGCAGCUGUGGCAAUGGGUCAAAUACGGGUCGCGCUUGGACACGGGGGAGACGGUCACCGUCGAGCUCGUCGACUCGCUCAUCGGCGACCUCGCGCCGGGUGUGAAGAAACUCGCGCCUGGCGUGAAGGAGGCGGAUCUCGCCGUCGCUGUCGAAUACCUCAAGGCGCAGAUCCGCAGGGAAUGGCCGAGUGAGUUCCUGACGAGCGACCUCAUGCCCUAUCUGGCUAUUGCCGAUGGCGCACCAGCCAAAAGCGUCGCAGCUGUCUCGGCACGCUCGUCAUCCCGAGCUCUACAGGCCAACAGCGUCGAACGUCGUUCGUACGUCUCAUCUGACCCUCUGCAUGACUCCUACGGCGGUCCGACCGCCUCCGCCUUUCCUUUCAGACGUUUCUGCGUCUCCGCAAAGCCCAAUCUGGGGAGCUCAUAUCGCUCGUGCUCCGAAGAAAUCCCAGCAUGCACCUAUAAAACUCCACUGGAACCACUCGGGCUGUUGUGCGCGCGCAUGUUUCUGCUCCUCACAUUUCUCGCUGCCCUGCAGGCUCUUGUCCGGGGGCAGUUCCCUGACUGCGUCAAUGGGCCGCUGGCCAAUAACACUGUGUGCGACACCUCCAAGGACCCUAUCACCCGAGCCCAGGCGCUCGUCGCGGUGAUGACCACGACGGAGCUCAUUAACAACACUGUGAACACGGCUAUUGGCGUGGCGCGGCUGGGGAUACCCAGGUACGAAUGGUGGAGCGAGGCGCUGCACGGUAUCUCGACCGUCCACGGCGUCAAGUUUUCUGCCAGUGGGAAUUUCAGCUACGCGACUUCGUUUCCUCAGCCCAUCGUCAUGAGUGCUGCAUUCGACGACGCUCUCAUCAAAGCUGUCGCGACAACCAUCAGCACUGAAGCGCGUGCGUUUUCGAAUGCGGCGCGGAGUGGGCUGGACUGGUUUGCACCGAACAUCAACCCGUGGCGUGACCCACGAUGGGGCCGGGGCCCCGAGACGCCUGGAGAAGACGCGUUCCGUGCGGCACAGUACGUAUAUCAGUACAUCGAUGGCUUCCAGGGUGGGAUCGAUCCAAAACCGUACAUCAAGAACACGGCAGUGUGCAAGCACUGGGCUGGGUAUGACGUCGAGAGAGGGCGUACCUCAUUCAACGCUAUCAUCAACACCCAAGAGCUGAGCGAGUACUUCGUGCGCCCCUUCCAGACGUGUGUGCGCGAUGCCCGGGUCAAUGCGGUCAUGUGCUCCUACAAUGCUGUGAAUGGCGUGCCUACAUGCGCCGACCCGUAUCUGCUCCAGGACUUGCUGGUCGGUUCUUAUGGCUUCAGCAAUGACAGCUGGGUUGCCAGUGACUGCGAUGCCGUCGCCAACAUCUUCGAUGCUCACGCGUACACCGACUCCUACCCCGCUGCAGCUGCAGUGGCCAUCAAGGCCGGGACAAAUGUGAAUUGCGGGACCACCUUCUCUCUCUAUCUCCAGGCGGCCAUCGAUCAAGGCCUGGCAGACCGCGCCGAUGUCGAGGGCGCAGUCGUGCGGCUGUACUCGUCUCUUGUGCGUCUUGGGUACUUUGAUCCGCCCGCCCAGCAACCGUAUCGGCAGAUCACAUGGGAUGCAGUGAACACCCCAUCUGCUCAGACGUUGGCAUACGUCUCAGCGACCGAGGGGCUGGUGUUGCUCAAAAACGACGGAACGCUUCCGCUGAAGAAAAACUUGACGAAGAUGGCCGUCAUUGGCCCUGUUGAGGGGGAAGCUCUUGACAGAAAGACCAUCGCAUGGACCGGCGCUCAACUAGAGCUGAUCCAGAAUCUGACGGCUAUCGGCAAGCCUCUCGUCGUGGUGCAGUGCGGUGCGGGGCAGAUCGACGAUUCGUCGCUUCUUUCCGAUCCAGGUGUUGGAGCCAUUCUUUGGGCGGGAUACCCCGGUCAAAGCGGUGGAGCGGCUAUUUUCGACAUUAUCAGCGGCAAGGUCGCUCCUGCAGGCCGACUACCAGUGACGCAAUACCCCGCAGCCUUCAUCAACCAGGUGCCCAUCACCGACAUGAACCUGCGGCCAAACAAGACGUCGGGAAACCCUGGGCGGACAUACCAAUGGUACACUGGCUCCCCCGUCGUCGAGUUCGGCUUCGGGUUGCAUUACACGACGUUCUCGGUCCAUUGGCAGACGACGCCGGUCGCAAGUUAUUCCAUCUCGAUUCUGCUGAAGACGGCCGGAUCCGCCGCGCACCCUGAUCUGGCUGCGUUUGACACGUUCAAAAUCAACGUGCACAACGCCGGGAACACCGUGUCGGACUUUGUCGCCUUGAUGUUCGUGAAAACGACGGCAGGGCCGCCGCCGUUCCCGAACAAAUCGUUGAUCGGGUACUCGCGCGUGGCUGCGCUCAAGGCUGGCUUGACGGUCGCUGCGUCGAUCAGUGUAACCCUGGGCAGCCUCGCGCGCACCGACGAGAGCGGCAAUCUCUGGUUGUACCCCGGCAGCUACAGCCUCAGUGUCGAUGUGCCUGAGAGCCUGACCCAUAACUUCACUCUCACCGGUCAAGCGGUGCAGCUCAGUCACUUUCCCGCACCCCCAUAAAUAGCUACAGUAACACAUAAAAGUGGCAAAAUGUGUGUCGAUAACGCGUCGAGGUCUGGCAGUCCAUUUCCCUCUGGAAGAUCUGUCGGUUCGAGCACGAAGCAAGCGCAUCAUCG